AUGAGCGGUCAGCCAUCCUCAAUCGAUGGCGCAUCUUCGAGCGUCGUUCCCACUUCGAGCGAAAUGGAUGACUCCAUCGCAGAGGUGGAAGCGAGGAUAGGAGAGCAAGUCGAGGCGGAUCGCACCAUUGCCAUCCAAGCGGGCGAGGGCGGCACCGACGUCAAAGCGCACGAUUCGCCCAGUCGAAGGCCACGGUCCUCACAAGGCCGCAAGAGCGCGACAGCUGGCUCUUCGAAGGAAAGCGCGACGCAUUCAGAGAGCGCACCACAGGCGCCCGAGAGUGCAGCACCGGCGACUGGGCCAGAAGAGCCACUCAACGUUCGCUUCGAAAAGUUCGAAAGGGCGCUGGAAAAGUUCUUGGGAUUGAUCGACCAUAGAGCCAGCGAGAGCGCCAUGAAGUCGGUGCUACCGUAUCUCGAUGCGGAAGAAGUGGUGGACACGAGGAAACGCUUCAUCGAGGAGCUCAAGAGUCGCAUAUUGGUGAGGAUACUCGGUCUGCUGCAGUAGGAUGGCACUUCACUUCGCUGAUCGAAUCGCGUGCCGGUCUUUCUCCGUCCGUCCUACUAGGCAUCAACGGCAGAGAUCGGAAACACCUUUGAGCUUCCGCAGCGCCUGGCAGAGCUGCAGGAGUUGGUGGAAGAGGCAGAUGAGCGGAUCAGGAAGGGGGCGGUUCCAGGCGAGGAAGAUGUGAAAGACGUAUGGCGGUGAGUCCUGCUCGUCUGCACACCUCUUGCUCGACUCCCGAGUCAGGAUGGCUGACUUGCAUGAUCGCACAGAGCCGAUCUGGACAUUGAAACGGCCAUCUCGGCCAGAUCCGUCGCUGCUCAGCGAGCAAAUCUUUUGGCAUUGGAACAAGAAUUGGCCGAGCUGCAGGACGGAAAUAGAAAAGCGCACAUUGAAAUGAAACGCGUGGCAGGGCGAGCGAACGGAAGGCAGGCCCUCGCCAAGGAAGCACUGGAUGCUCUGGAUCAGGUGAGCCACAGCAUCACGACUGCGUGCCGAAGCGAGUCUGUCCUCCCUGCUGAUACCGCAGAACCUGAUCACGCUUUGCGGUGCGCAGUCUGUGGCUCUGUUGGAACAGGAAUCGCCGGAGAGCGCAGGAAAGCGGGACGGGAUCGAAACGCGUGUGCACGCUAUAGUCACUCAGCUCAUGGCAGAUUUGGGCACUCAGAGUCUUCCGACGUAA